UCUCUAUAGCACUUACCUGUGCAGCCUCUCACCUGGCUGACUUCCCUCCCUCCCGCCUGUCUGAUCUCACACCUGCCUCUCCCAGCGCCUCCGCUCACAGCCUGUGUCCCCGGGGGGCCCCUGAAUUAUUUAUCACACAUUGUAGAUGAAGGCAGUCUGUGGUUGAGGAUGUGAUACGCCUCGCGGCUCGUCUCUCUCCGGAAAAAAGCGCGAUGUGUCUGGGAUGGGAGGAAUCUUCGCCAAGGAAACGGACGAGGCGCACACCUGUCCAGGUGUAGCUAGCGGCAUGGAACGAAAUAUGGAGAUGAACCGCACACUGGCGGAGCAGCUCUUCCACGCUCCGAAUUGUGUGGAAUAUAAAAUCUCCGCGGAGUGGUCCAUCUAUCACCUGGCCUGCCUCGUCUUCCUGUUGGCGUCCAUGGGCGGCAGCGGAAUCCAUGGCUGCAUUUUCAUCCUUCUGUUAAUGGCGGGUUCGUUCUGUUUAAUGGCGCUGUGGGGCGGCCUGUUCAUCUGUGGCGUGGACAUUGUGACCUGGAACGCCAUCCUGAUGGCGCUCUGCGUGGUGCACAUCGGACAUCUGAUCUACAGAUUACACAGGGAGUCCUACGGAGAAGACUAUGACACCCUCUACCAAACCCUGUACAAGCCCAUGCACGUUCCAUUGAAUGUCUUCAAGGACAUCGCUCACUGUAGCGGGAUGGAGGUCCAUUCCCUGAACGCCGACCAGAGUUACGCCCUGGAGGGAAAGACGCCCAUUGACCGCCUGUCCCUUCUCAUCUCUGGAAGGGUAAAGGUCAGUCUGGACGGGCAGUUCUUGCACUACAUCUUCCCCUAUCAGUUCCUGGACUCGCCAGAGUGGGAAUCGCUGCGUCCCUCGGAGGAGGGGACAUUCCAGGUCACGUUGACGGCGGAGAUGGACAGCGCGUACAUCAGCUGGCCCCGGAAAAAGCUUUACCUUCUCCUGGCCAAGGAGAAAUACAUAGCCCGCCUCUUCUCCUCGCUCCUCGGCUUUGACAUUUCCCAGAAGCUCUACGCCCUCAACGACAAGCUGUUUGCCAAGUUCGGCCUCCGCUUCGACAUCCGCCUGCCCAGCCUCUACCACGUGGUAGGGCUGUACUCAGACGUGGCGGGCGACAUACGACCCGUCGCCGAACCCCUGGCCUCCCGCCUUCAGCAGGAAGACCCGCUCCCGAGGAAGGCCCCACCCCCGAGCAGCCGAGGUCCGCGGCCGGAGAGCGGCAACCUGGCCUCCACCGUCUUGCACAAGGGUCACCCCCGGCUCCAGUCAUACGGAAGGGCCCCGCUGGCCCCCACUCAGACCCCCGAACUUUAGGGAACAAUGACAAGCCCCCCCCGUUCUCUCCCACCUGAGCACAGCUCACUAGUGUGAAGUCACUAACAAGGACACGUGUGGUGUGUGUGUGAGCACCGCCCCGCCCCCCGGGACAGAAACCACGGACAAGGUGUGAUCAGUGUCCUCCCCCGGACAGUCCCACUACACCGGCCAAUGGCAAGAGGACACAUCGGUGUAAAGGGCAUUUUCUAUAAGACGGCCCGGGACGAAACGUAUCCACGCGGCAACCUGAUCAUGAAGCAUUGUUACUUUUAUGUUAUUUUAUUUUUCUGAAAACUCCAAUAUAAAAUGUUCUUCGUGAAGGA